CGGCUAGAAAUCAGCACUGAAAAGCAACAGUUUAAUCUUCCUGCUCUGCUUCUACUGCUGAAAACUUUUCCCACCGGUUUCCUAAACUUGUCCGGUCCCUUCUCGUUUGAAACCAAUUAAUGAGGCGGCUAAACUCACUAAUUGGCUACUUAAUUGGCCCCUGUCACCGGGCGCGCUGCUUCCGCUGGCUUUUAGCGCACCGCCACCCUCCUUUCUUUUCUCAGAAAUCACAAUCCCAUCUUGUCACAGCGAUUUAGGGUCAAUCUCUCACACAGGAAGGUGCUCUCGCGGAGGACCCCCCCGCCACCUCUGGAUCCCCCUCUAUCAGUAUCUCCCUCCCACUCUAUCUUGGUGUUUUAUGUCUGCGUCACAACAAGUCGGUCGAGAGCGAGAGGCAGGGAUGAUGGCGUCUCUGGCGGCUUGAUUCCGGUGCUGCUCUGACAAACCCGCCUUAAUAGCAUCAGUAGGUGGUGACGGAGAGGGGGGGUUGAGAGCAAAAGCGACGGGAACAUGACGAAACGGCACCGCGGAGGACGGACAAACUAGACUGAGAGACGGACGGACAGUCAGUCCCCCCCCUUCUCCUCCUCCUCUCCCUCCUCCUCGCUGACGGCUUGACUGACACACACAGGCGCUUGGCACAGACAGGGACAUACAUGCACAUCAUCCACUUUUUGCAAACACGCAGGCUGCGCAUCCGAGCUGGCAGUAAUUGGGCAGCGGAGACCCACAGCAGAUGAGGGCAUUUCAUGUCCAGCCUGUCCAGGAAUCACUGUGACCCCGACGGAAAGGAGUUCGACUUGACAGGAUGGGGGGAGUAAGUGAAGGAGAUGAUGUGUUGGCUCGAUGGAGUGAUGGACUACUGUACCUCGGCAAUGUGAAAAGAGUAGAUGGAGUGAAGCAGUGUUGUCUGGUGAGAUUUGAGGACAACUCUGAGUUCUGGGUACUGAGAAAGGACAUCCACUCGUUUGCUGCUGGAGUGGAAGAAGUUUGCUGUAUUUGUGACGCUCCGCCUCUUAAAGAACCCCUCAUAAAUUGUCUUAAAUGUCGCCACGGUUAUCAUCCCGAGUGUCACACGCCAACCAUCGAACCGGAAGCCGACAGCGAUUCGUGGAUAUGUCGGCAAUGUGUCUUUGCAGUCGCAACCAAGAGAGGGGGGGCCCUCAAACGGGGGCGCUUUGCCCGGCUCAUGCAGUUUAUGAAACUUCGGCUACCCUAUCAGCUGUCAUCCCUGGACUGGGACCCACAGCACCUGACCAAUCAGCAGCAGUGUUACUGCUACUGUGCCGGACCUGGAGAGUGGAACCUGAAGAUGCUACAAUGUGGCAGCUGUGGUCAGUGGUUCCACGAGGCCUGCACGCAGUGUCUAACCAAGCCUUUGCUGUAUGGGGACAGGUUUUAUCAGUUCCAGUGCUCUGUAUGUACAAAGGGACCAGAGACAAUCCAAAGACUCCCCAUGACUUGGGUGGAUUUGGCUCAUUUAGUACUCUACCAUCUCUCGCUGUGCUGCAAGAGGAAAUACUUUGAUUUUGACCAUGAAAUCCUGUCCUUCACCAAUGAGAAUUGGGACUCGUUGCUGCUAGGCGCGGUAUUGAUAUUUCCCUCUGGAGACAGAAGAUGUUUUUCCGUGUUUCCCAGGUUCGUCUCUGGAAAGGAGAUCAAGAAGAAAAAGUGUCUUUUUGGGCUUCAGGUUCGAGCCCCUCCACCGCUGACGUCCGAUUCGUCGCCGCUCAUCACCGACCCACCUAUCAACAUCACGCACCGGAGAAGCCCAUUGUCGCUACCCUGCCAGAGGAGAGUGGGGGGGCCAGAGUCACGUAAAUCAAAGCGUCGCAUCAUGGAGACACAGGCAUGUCCACCCCCAGUAGCUGCCAACCCUAUUGAGCUACUGCCAUGUUGCCAUGGCUACAUGGGUGGGGCCAGCCUGUAUAACUCCAGGAAGUCAGAGGAGGAGCUUAACCUGAGCUCUCCUCCAAAACGGAUGUAUGCCCUAUACCACACCACCUACAAUGGGAGCUCAACACUCUCCAGGAGUCUCCAUCACUACAACAGCAUGGAGGACAACUGCAGGUUACCACCAACAUACUUCCCAUACCCCCUCAAUUCCAACAGCAACCAUCACCACAACCACCUCCACCAGCACCAUCACAACCACCAGCACAACCACCAACAUCAACACCAGCUGGGGCAGAAGCAGCUGGAGCCCCUCAUUCUACGUGACUUACCUCCUUAUCAGGCUGGCAUGGGUGCAGGAGGUGGUGUAGGUGGAGGCGGAGGAGGAGGAGGUGGCGGUGGCGGCGGUGGUGGAGGAGGAGGAGGCGGCGGCGGGGCACCGGGAAUGGGAAUGGGAGGUGGGGACGGAACAGUGGCCAGGAGCUGGGGAGGAGGGGAGGCAGUGAGGAUCCUGGCGAGACGAGUCACACCUGACGGGAAGGUGCAGUACCUGGUGGAGUGGGAGAACGUGAGUUUGUACUGAGACAAAGAGCGUAAACUAGAGACACAAUGACUGUUUCGCAGUUGUCACAGAACUGCUGUGUAUGUAAUACGUGGCAGUGUUUAAAGUACAAACAAAACAAAAAGGAAAAAAAAUCUCUACACGUUGCAAAUCCAGGUUGCUCUCAUAGUAUCACCUCGAAUUCUACAUCAUUAUAACCUCACUACUUGUUACUAAAUGUCCCUCUUUGCUAGUGUUUCUCUGAUAUUUGUACUGUUAACUUUGGAAUAUGCCUUUGCAUUUAUCAUCUUUUACAAUGAUGAGGGAAAAUGUGUAAACCUCCUGAUGAUUUUGUCUGUGUUUGGACCACAUUAAUAUUUGUAAUUAAAAGGCCACGCUUAAAAAGAAAUAUCUGAAAUUCCAACAUUUAACAGUCAAAAAAAUCCCAAAUAUACUUAUUUUACUUUGUUCUGGUUCAGUUUUGUGUUGAAACCCAGUUAUAACAAAUAAAAGAGCGGAGUUAGAGUCACUUUAGACAAAAA